AUGAUGAAGCACGUGUUCGUUCAAACACUUGUGUUGAACUGUUUAAUACUGAGGUUUGUGAUUGGUCAAUCAAGAAGCGGUGAUCCAUGUCGCUAUGACGACAGCGGCGGGAGAAUCACAGUUGAUUGCUCCAAGGCGGGUCUGACGUCAUUCCCUUCUCAUAUUCCGGACAACACUUAUAUUCUGAACCUGGACUUUAACAACAUAGGAACGCUAAAUAACAAUACGUUUUUAGGGUAUCCCCAUUUACGAAGCGUGUCCAUACGGAACAAUAUACUUGACAAUAUUCAACCUGAUGCCUUUAGAGGCCUUGGGAUGCUGAGAGAAAUUGAUCUUUCAAAUAAUAAACUAUUUUACAUUGACAGAGAGGCCUUGAAUGUUUUUGCAGUCUUGGAAAUUUUCAGAAUCGACAAUAACCUGUUUUCAGAAGACACAUUUUCAUACUUUUUAAGUGGCCUUGGUGAUAUAUCGGUUGUCCGAAAGCUGUUCGCAAGGGAUAUGAAAUCUUGGAGAAAUUUGAAAGAUGAUACAUUCGGAAGCAUUCCCUCUCUUGAAGUCCUUGACAUAUCAGGGAGUGGCUUUUCCAGUAUUCCCGAUUUGACGUUCGUUGGUCUUGAGAGUUUAGAAGAACUUUAUAUUGAAAACUGUCCAAAAUUAAAGAAUUUAGGCCCCAAGGCUUUAAUAGGUCUGACCAACCUGAAUAUUCUGUCACUGAAAGGCAACAAGAUAAGAAAUAUCGGAAAAUAUUUCCAACAAGCCGCAGAGAGUUUAAACCAACUGACUACAAUAGACUUGUCAAAUAACGAAAUCAGCCGAAUUUUGGUACAUGCCUUCUUUCCGAUGCCUUCCGUACAAUUCUUAGACCUGAGUGGUAACAGUCUACGGGAAAUCAACUCCUUUACUUUUGCAGGUCUCACUCAACUGAUAUAUCUGGAUUUGAGUAAUAACAGUAGAUUGGAAAAGCUAUCGGAGCGAGCAUUUGCAGGAUUAUUAUCCCUCCAAGAACUUAAACUGUCUAACUCUGAUAUAUCGUCUAUUACCACCAACCAAACAUUUGAUGGCCUCGAUAAACUGGAGACGCUUAAUAUGGAGAGUAACCCAUUAAAUGAGCUUGCAGAUGGCGUGUUCCAGCCGUUGACAAGGAUAAGAAGCAUAAUUCUGACUGGCUGUAGACUUUCUGUAUUAAAGUGUUGCUUUCAGAACAUCUCAGUGGAAGAAGUUCACUUGGAGAAGAAUACACUAAAGGAGAUACACCACGAUGCCUUGAAGAACACCUCGAGAAUGAGGAUGUUGAUGUUGACGGAUAAUCAGAUACGUAGAGUACCAGAAGCUGUCCGCUUAAACACUCAUCUAGAAACACUGGAUCUCUCAGAGAACUAUAUUCAGACAUUAACUCAAGAGGACAUCGACUAUUUCAAAGGUUUGGAUCAGCUUAACCUGGCAAAUAACCCAUACCAUUGUUUCCCCUCAAUUGGACUGGUAGAGCUUUCCAAGAUGGCUGAAUCAGACAACCGACCUUAUAUCCAACAAUGGCCUAGCGAAUAUCCAUGUAUCACACCUGACCGAUGGCAUGGGGUACCCCUGAAGGAUUAUAUUUUUGAUGAAGUACUUGGAGAUGGAUAUGUAUUUCCAUCUGAUGGAGAAAACGCCUCGACUACAACAAAGUUCACAUUACCUUCCACUGUUACAACUACCACUACUACAACCACAACGACUACAACAACCACAACGCCUCCCCCGACUACAACAACAGUAAAACUACCCCCAAUUAGACCCAAAGAUCGUCCGAAAAGGCCAAAACCAACUCGUAAAUUAAUAACCGUGAAUCCCAGAAGAAGAAAGCCCAAAAUAAAACCCAGUCCAGCUCCAAAUACAAGGCGUCCUGGUGUACCAAGACUAUCUGAAAUUUUGAGCAUUUUAAGAGCCCAACAGCAAAAUCGAAGUAAAUCUACAGUUGCUCCUAUAGUGGAAUUAACAAAGUCAACACAGGCCCCUACUACGAUAGAAAUACCUGGAGGUACCGACGCAUCCUCUGACUCGGAUUUAUUGAAGGCUGCUGCUCCUGGGAGAAUCAUUUCAGGACCUCGACAAAGACCAGACAAUGUUGAAACAACGAGUAUUCCUACAGAUAAAAUAACAAAGGUGACCGAAACAAGCUCUAUCGGGGCUGAAGAAACUGGUGAUUAUGAUUAUGACGACUAUUCAAGCUUGGUUCACUCCACCGGUACAACUCCCGCCUCUUCAACUGAUCAAUUGUCGACACUUCUAGUCACAACCACCGCAGCAACAGUCACCAUUGCGUAUAUGACUAGCGCAAGCAGUGCCACAAUGACAACUACACAAAACAUGGCCGAAGAAUCGUCAGAUGAAAAAGAAUCUGGCGAAGAUGAGGACGAUAUGGAGGAACAAUCAAAGGAGACAACACAAACGUCAACUAUGCAUGUGACUUCGACUACUGCCAAACCAGCUAUAUUCGUAUCUUCAACAGAACGUGGACCAACUACUGAAACUGACACAAUGACAGAUCAUACGACUGAAAGUAUGAAAAUGCCACAAGAAACAACUGAGAUGGUAAAGGAAGAUAUGGAAACAUCUCUUCCAACACAGUCUACGGUGUUAGUAAGAUCAGAAUCAGCAACUACGUUAUCUAUGUCAACGACUACAGAAAAAGACGAACUGGAAGGUGAAAAGGACGAGGGUGAAGAAGAUAUGGAUGGUGGAAUACCAGUCAUGGACGGUGAGGAGACAAGCGAACCGAUGACCACAGUAGGUGAUAAAGAUGAUACAGAGCCAGGAAAAACUGAUGAAAUUGAACAAACUGAACAAAACCCGCAGAUUGAAAAUUCAGAAGCUGACGAAAUAGAUCUGGCAGGUGAUAACUCUGAUGAAAGUCAGGUCGAAGACAACAAAGACUCCCCAGACAUAGAUGAUGAUGUAGACACUGAUGCCGAGAUAACAGACUCUGAAUCAGCCGAAGCUGGCGGCCAACCUGAUGAAGAAAUCUCAAAAACGAGAGAAGAUAAAAAAGACACAAGUGAUGAAGAUACAGAAGAAGGGGAAAAGGAAAUAGACGAUGAGAAUAAAGAAGAUAUGCAAGAGGGAGAAGGAUUAGAAACAAAUGAUGAGAGUAAGGAAGACAUGCGAGAAGAAGAGGGAAUAGAUGCAAACGAUGAGAAUAAAGAAGAUAUGCAAGAAAGAGAAGAAGGAGUAGAAACCAAUGAUGAGAAUGAGGAAGAUAUGCAAGAUGAAGAAGAAGGAAUACAAACAAAUGAUGAGAUUAAGGGAGAUGUGCAAAAGGGAGGAGAAAUUGACACAAAUGAUGAGAAUAUUGAAGAUAUGGAAAAGGGAGAAGGAAUAGAAACUAAUGAUGAGAAUAAGGGGGAUGUGAAACCAGAAAGUGACGGUAAAAUAGAUCAAGGUGAAGAACAAGUAGAAGGGGAAGUGGAAAUUGAAGGAUACAAGGAUGAAGCGAAACAAACAGAUUUUGUAUCCACGACAUUAGGAAUUGGGAUAAGUACAACAAACAGUUACAUGACUGUAACAAUAGCUGAACAAAACACAACAUCAGUCGACGAAGACAGUGCUUUAGCUUUUAUUGAAGAGACCCACUCAUCAUGGGCAUCGAGCAAUACUGUGCUUAUAGAGAUAAUCGUGAUUGGAGGGGCUGUAAUGAUUUUCAUCUUGGUCGUUGUGGCCUACUUUGUACGAUACAAGAGGCGACGGCAGAGUGCCAGUGAGGCGGAUUCAGAGCUUGGAGGGCCGAAGGACACCAAGGAGAUGACGGAUACUGCCGACAGUACAACUGAGGGGAUGCCAGCAGUUUUCCAAUCUCAUACUCGAUGGUCUAAGUUUGGAAAGAAAGGCAGUAUCGACUCCCAGACAACAACAAGUGAUUAUAUUUCCCGCAGUGACUCAAGUGGACCUCCGAGUCCAUCAAUGGUAGUCUCUAUGUCGCCAGAUGGCACUUUAUCUGGCGCAGACGACAGUUUCACCGGAAAUACGUCACGCUCUGAUGCUUAUUCAGCACAAAUUUACGAUGAGCCUGUAUUUACUGAAACCGACGCUGAUGAUGAAGAUGACGACGAAAGGAUGUGAUUCCCACGACUUUGUUACUUACAAAUUAUGAGCCUAGCUGGUGCCUAGUUAGUGCUAGUUAACCGCAUACAAAUAGCCUACUGUCCUGCUCGCAUUUUCAGUUGAGAUAUAGAACUUAGGUCUAAAUUAAUGUGUCUAGAUAAGAACUGAUAUUCUAAAAACGAUAUAAUCCAGUACGUUUUUGGUUGUAUUGGGCUACUGUGACUAGGAAUGCUGAUUGUAAAAUAAUGCAUUUUAUACUCGUUUUGUACAUAUUAAUAAGGCUAUGUAAAUUAGGCAUUUCAGACGCUUUAAAAAAUUGGUGUUAGUAAGUUUUUAAAAAAAUUUAAAGUACAGCCUCUAACUCGAGUCUUAAAAUGCGCCAUAAGUAGAUUCACGAUAACCAAUAAGCACCAUCAAUAUACUUUGAUAAAUCGUUCCUGUCUGUAAAUAUUAAUUUGGACUAUUGAUGAAAAUUAAAUAAUGUUUCUCUAAUGUUGGGGUAUAUUUAGACUCGGAGUUGGAGACUGGACCUUUCGACUGGAUGUUUUCCUAUUUUGUCAUUAUUUUACUGACUAACUUAUCUCGCAUAAUUUUCCACCGUUAUAUAACAGCAUACGUAUACAGGUAUAUAGAUAUCCAGAUUCUAAAUGUACAGGAUCAUAAACUUUGUUAGCCUAUACUGCAGGGUGGGCCAAAAACGUCCAUGCUUUUUACUUCGAUACAACUUCUCAAAAAAUGCAUGGAUUUCGAUAUAAUGUUCGUAGGGGAUGUAGGAAUCGGCUCGGCAAGGUGUGUCCGAUUCCAGCCAAUCCG